AUGUACAUCCUCCCAGCAUCCCGCCGUCCACAUGUGUUUAUAGCUGCGUUAUCAAUUGUUGCCCUGGUUCUUUUUCUCCACAAUACUCAGCAAACUGGGCUAUCGUCAUGGAGUUCACCCUUAUUCGGAUCUCAUCCCACGACAUCAUCACUGGAAAAUGUAGGAUUGGAAGCUGAGGAUCAUGUCGUUCGAGGAAGAGUGAGCAGGAUGAAGACUUUUUGCGAAAAGGAAAACCCUUUCGAGAAAGAGUAUGGAAGGACAAAUAUAAGAUUGACCAGAGCUUAUGAAGGUUCUCACUACAGAUUACAACAAUUCAUACAUAAAGCCUUGAGAGGAGAAGCUUUGACUAUCUCAGCAAUUGGAGGAAGCAUAACUGGAGGGCACCAAGUGCAACGUGACGAAAUCUGGUUCCACAAGUUUCGGGAAUGGCUGAAUACCUUUUUCGGGAAUGAUGUUGAUAUUACGGAAGUGAACGGUGCUGCCCCAGCCACUGGGUCCGACUACUUCUCCUUUUGUUUCUCACACCAUAUCCCUUCGGAGUCCGACUUGGUUUUGGUAGAACUGGCAGUCAACGAUGAAGGUAUUCUUGAACAUAUAGAAAACAUGGAAAACUUGCUCAGGGGUCUAUUGGAUCUGCCAAAUAAGCCUGCGGUGAUCCUAGUCGAGGCUCUCGCUUUCAGCAAUGGUGGAAUGGGGGGUGGAGGAGGAAGGAUGCACCUCCCUGUAGCUCAGUAUUUCGAUGUGCCAGUGAUCAACCAGCGUCAUCCUUUGGCUAAUCAUUUCGGAAGAUACCCCCAGCUGAUCGGCCCGUACUUCUCUCGAGACUGGUGGGGCAAUUCGGACAUGAGACAUAUCAAUGCUCGUGGGCAUCGUGAUCUGGGUAUGCUUGUAGCCAGCUUGAUACAGGACGCAGCGUGUACCAUGUUAUCUGAAAAUGAUUUCUUCGUGCCUCAUCCUUCAACAGAAGCAAGCGGCCUUUCCAUACUUGGUGAUGUGGGCGACGAGAAAACACUUUCUUCAGAUCAAGCGAGGAUACAAGAUCAGCAUUUAGCGGAGAUCCAAUCUUCUUGGGCUGAGCAAUCUCGUUCUUGGAGGGAACGACCCUCGGAAGGCGAUCAAGUGGGUAAACUAAUGCCGGGCAUGUGGGUGACUCCUGCAGAGUAUGGUAUGUUGCCACGAAUGAGAGUACUGGACGGUUGGAACCCAGAUACAUCGAGUAUAGUACCCCCGUUCCAACCUACCUGUCUGUCCACCAGGGCCAAGCAAGCGCAAUUCAAUCUUACGCCAUCGUACAAUGAAGGAUGGGAGUAUUGGAUACAUCCUGAACAUACAGAUAAACCGUACCUCGUGGCGAAAGAACCAGGAGCAACAGUCAGCUUUGAAUUGGAUACCAAUGUAGGAGUGGUCAAGAUGUACGCUUUGAAGAGCAAGACAUUUGGGCUGGGAGAUAUCGAGUGCUGGGCGGAUGAUGAGAAACACAAAUCAACGAAAGUCACUGGCUGGUGGGAUAAUGGUGAUGUGAAUAUCGGUCGAUUUGCUACGAUACGCACAGACUUAGCUAGAGGAAAACAUAUCAUUACGUGCAAAGUCUUAGAGGCUACCUCAAAUCCAGAUGGAGGCCAUGAGUUCAGGAUGAUCUCGAUGAUGAGGUGA